UUUUUUGAAGUCCCCAAAGGUCCGCUUUACAGCAGCUGGAAAACUGGGAGCCCGUAUGGCCGGUUUGUCUGAAGUCGUUUCACUGUGGGAGGAAGCGCAAAAGCAAGCGAAACGAGAUGGACGUAGCAGUGGCGAUCCGAGUAGAUCGACAGGUUCUACAAGGGGAAAUCGAAUGCGGGGAAUCGAAAUGCAUCAACGUGGAGAAGAAAGAACAAAUCCAAAUUGGGUGAGGAGUGCAGAAACAGCGCCAGAGAAAGCUCCUUUAGGCGGGAAUCGUGUACAGGAGUUGCGAGAAUUAGCCAAAGGCGUGGAAAAAGUGAACAAAAAACAGCCUUGCACCGCGAAAUUUAACUUCGGAUCAGGUGCUCCCAGAAUCCUUCAAAUUUUUAUCCACUUAGAUUAGACGCAUGUCCUCGCUGUUGUAUAAUUCUGGUGUACAACUACGUUAGGUUAGCGUGCUCGUGCUGCAUGUAGUCGUGCAUGAUUUUAGAUGAAUUUUCUUCCCGAUCGCAAUUCCAGGUAUCAACAACGCAGUCGUGCAAAUCCCCAACGUUGGGGAGAUAUUGAAAGCGGAAUUUGGCUAUACGAGUCUCACUUCAAAGCCCACGGACAUCACAAAGGAGCUGCGACGCUUCUAUGAACGCCAGUUGCAGAGCAAUUUGCAUGUUCUUCGUGACGAGAAGCGAAAGAGACGAAAAAGUACCGACGGUGGGACGGAUAGAAUACUAGGGGAACAAGGGGACGAUUGCGAUGUUGACACUGGUGCUGCGACUCCACGAAGAAGCAGAAGGUCGUCUGCCGUCUCGACGGUCUCGGAGAGCCCUCUUCGUGCUCCACCUGGUCGUUCUCGUUCAUCACGAAGGAGUUCACAUUCUGCAGUAACCUCCGAGAAAAAUCCUCUAUUUCAUCCUGUUGAGGUUGACCCAUCGUCACGCUUUCCACCUUUUGGCACUCUUGAAAUCGAUGAGGAAACUUUGAAGUCCUUCCGCAACCGAGACAGCAACGAAAAGCAGGUACUAGACAGUGGAAGGAAGAGUCUGGUGCAAGCUUUAACUCUGGGACAGGCCGGGCAAAAUCAUCUGGUUGUGACCUAUGUGCCGAUGAUUGGUGGACGACAGGGGGAUAGAAGAGAAGAUUGUGGCGUUAUUGGAGUUGAUACAAAUUAUAGGGGGAGGCCAAGCAAUACAUGCGCUUUUGACGAGAUGGACGCUGCACAUCCACAUGUAAAUGCGCGCGCCCUGUGCGAAAAGCUGAGGGACUUGAAGCUUGCACGAAGACUGGAACGACAACCAGAGUACACGUGGUACAAGCUGUGCGAGUGGCUUCAGGUGGAGAUCAUGGAAGUUUUGGUGAAUUCCCUAAGUCACACUCCCUGGUUUCGUUUCCCUUUCAUGGAGUUCAUGCGAAUGUAUUUUGAGGUUCUACAAAAGGAAGCUGGAAUCGUCGAAGAGCUGUACGGAUUUUGGAAGGCCUAUGCCUCUAUGGCUUUUGUAACCGAUUUGAUUCCUGGAGUGGUCAUGAGCGGAAUCUUUGCGCAGCUAUCUUUGCUCGCGCAGCCGUUGAAAAUGAUGCAGCCAGAAGCUGGGUAUGAGGGGUUUGAUCAAGGGAACUUAUGCGAACAAGUCGUUUUAGUGUGUAACAAACGGCCAGAUCAUGACUUCAGGCUCCUAGCGGAGGAAGGCGACGAGCAGGAAGCUGUUGAUUUUUGGGUGUCCAUAGAUCCAAUCCAGAUCAAAAGAGCUGAUUUGGUGGAUCUGGGUAGAAGAUCUCUAGAAGGAGAAGUCCAUGACCCUACUUCUCUACGGGGACAGCAAAUAGAGCAAAUCAUCGUUCUAGAAACUCUACCCUUCAAGGCUUUAGGACAAGUACUCGAGAAAAUCGCUCUGCGCGUGCCCGAUGCGCGAGUCCUUGAAAUCAGCGGACAGCAAGAGGUGCAAAUUAGAGUAUCUGUCAAAAUUAUCAACAGAACUGGCAGUCGUGGAAGGGAUAGGGAACAAGAUGGACCAAAUGAUGUUGGGCAUCAACUUAAGAGUAGGUUAAUGGUGCUUUUCUUACCGCUUUUUAUGCCUCUCCUAAGGGAGAAAGGCAUAAAAAGCGGGGUAAGCAAGCACCAAAAACCUACCUCUAAUCAACUACACGACGAACAACAUCAACCAAGCUCUCCCGAUAGAAGUACUUCUCGUCAUUCUCUGAACGUGAGGAAGCAAGAAGUCCUUGAUAGUAUCGAACAAAUCCCAGGAUGUAAGGUCGUCCUCGAUUACAAAUACCCUAAGAUCGGAAACGUCGAGUUACCACACCAAGUAGCUUUGAAAGUGCAGAGUUAUGCAAUUCUGGAACUGUUGCGAACCUGUAGGAUGCUGAAAACAGCAGAGGUCGAAGUAGUAGUCGAACAAGUGUACGAUUUUUGGGGAGGAGAUUCAUAAUGUGGAGGAGAGCGUGGUGCGCAUGCACGUCAGAGACCAAUCGUUCAAAUACUACCUUUUGAAAAAAUUAAGUACAGGGUUAGUAGUGCUAGUGUUAGUGAUGCUAUCUUCUAUUUAUUUUGAAAGAAUAAAUUAAUAGUGAUACUUUUUUCUAGUUAGGUCGGCUCCACCACAAUUAAUAAUGAUACUCUUACUCAUUUUCAGGAUCGUUACUAACACGUAACACGUACAGUAGUCAUUGUCAUGGAAUAAAAUCAUAUACGCGAUGAAGGGUUUUCUUCGCAAUUAAGUACUUAGGUUUUCUUCGCAAUCGCAGUACCAGCGGCUGGGUUAUUUGUUCACUUUUGAAUUACAGUGACGUAACUUACUGGAGUUCUUAGUUACAACUUGUAGUAGUGGAAGUAGAACGAAGUAGUAGAAGUUCUACUUCUGUAGAAAGCGACAAACAAGCCAAAAAGAACGACAUGGAACUGUGCAUUGUCCGUGAGAAGGACUCGGAACUAGAACAGCCUACGGCUUUGGCUUGUUCUUGACCAAUUUCAUCAUGCACAGAUAGGUAGCUGGUACACACAUGUACAACAAUGAAUUCCAAGAAAGAACAAACUGGGAGUUUUUAGAAUGAGAUACGAGUCUCUCAGCAACACCCCUACGGAGAUGAAUCUGUGCUGCCGCUGUUGAGAGAGUGGCGUAAGCGCGUGCUAGCUGCAUUUUG